AUGGAGUCCGGAGGUAAAGAUGAUGCAAAUAAAGAUGCCACUGUAUCUGCAUCUGCAGAGGCAAUACCGCCAACAGCAACCGUCGAGGAGAGCAAAGACAGCAGCACAACGGAGGAGGAGUCAGAAACCUCAGAGAAGAAUCCUGACCAUGAUGCGUCAUCCUCCAUGCCCGUAUCCGAAGCCGCAUCUCAGAAGCUGCAGGAGAUCUCUUCAAAGGCGCUUCACAAGAGCAAGGAUCUGCUCUCUGCCAUGGACAAGCAACAACACUCAGAGUCACACUCGUCGGCCAACUCGACUACACCACCAACCAUGAAUGAGGACAGCAAUACAUAUGAUCCUUCACUUUCGUAUAAUUUUCUCAAAACAGACCCUGCUAUCAAGCCCGUCGAAGUCGUUGGCAGUGAGCAGCAGCCAGCGCCUCCCGCAAAGAAGUCAUCGCAAGGCGGAAGAGGAGGAGUCAAAGGGGCCACGAAAGAAUUCGUCGCGACCGUCUUCCAUCCAAGACGUGCGGUGAUCCACCAUUAUCGAUCCCGGACUGCGAAGAACCUGGCGACGGCCAGCCGUCCUUAUACCUCGCCCACAUCGGAUCGAGAUCAUGCUCUAGCGAUGACGGACCCAAAUACCAGAAGCAGAGAGAAACGGCGAAGAGCAGCAGAAGAAGAGAGCGCGACUUCCCCGAGUCAGGAAGUCACGAAUUCUAAUUCUAAUUCUAGCAGUGAGCAACAAGGAGGUAUUAUUAGCAGUCGUGGACGACGACGCAUCAAUAAUCUGGCCGACAUGCAGAUGCAGAAGAAAAGCGACGUCUUCGAAAGGCAAAAGCUCGAAUUGCGCCGUCAGGGUCUGGCUGCGGCGUGGAUAACGGGUAGGCAUAUCAAACGCGUGCGAUUGGUGCCCUCGAAUGUUGUAGAAUACCCCAGACUCGACGACGAGAAGUUCAUGGAGAAGAAGAAGGAGAAGGACGAUGAUUCCUCCGACAUAGUGGUCCGGUUUAAGUGGGAGAGAUACAUUGCGCAGCUCCUCCUGUACUACUCCCAAGACUUUACGGCUCGAUAUGUCGAUGAGGGCGUGGCAGAGUUGCCCUCUGAUUCCGUCACUUUCGCUCGAUACAUCGAACGCCUGGUCAUGGCGACCGAAGCGUGGCAGUCGUGGUUCAUGGAUAUACGCCGGCUCUACCGCUGGGAAGAUCCGCGGUGGACGGCCUUGUGGUAUGCCGUUUUUACGGUCCUGUGGUAUACGCAGCAUGUUGUUGGGUUUUUGCUUCUACCAUUGGCGGAACCCGUCCAAAACGGCAGCGACGCUGUUUUUCUUCACUUCGUGCCUGACGCUGACGAUCUUUGGGGACAUGGAGUUUUGUAUGAAGGUCUUCUGGCUCCUGUCUAUCAAUACGUUCUUUCUCGGCUGGCCGGUUGCGAGUCGAUAUCCGCGAUACCGGUUUCUCGUCAGUCCUCUUCGGUGGAUCUUUUGGGAUAUUCCUUCACAUCGUGGGGAAAGAAGGAGCCUGCAUGUAUAUGUACUGACCCAUUUUCUGUUUCUGCAGCUGAAUGGGCAAUUAAAUUUCUUCAACAGCACGACGCCCUUCGGAGAGCAGAGAAAGCUCGCGGAAGAACUCACGCUGCAGCAAUUUCGGGUGCCGCGGGCGACAAAAGGGAUAGAAAGAGCAGUGACAAAAACAAACGGGAAGAGGAGUUCCAGGAUCCCUGCGAGACGCAGGAACAAGUAUCGCAACUACUACGUAGAGAAGGGGAGACAAGUGAAACGAUCACCUUCCGGGCGCAUCAUCGCGGGCGCCAGGGACAUCUGGUGCUGUCUCCGCAAGGGCUGCGAUUCGUCGUCAAGAGUCAUCAUCUGUCUCUGAAUCCGAAGAAGAAUGACCUCCGCUCGCGCGAGGAGCUCUGGUCCUAUCCAUUCUCGAGCCUCGUCCAGUUAACCAAGCGGCACAGUCCCAUGUCCUCCAAAGUCGCCGGCGUCGACCCUAGUCUCAAACGGCUAGAACUGGAGGUUUUGGUGCCGCCACCAAGCACUGAUGAUCAUGAUCAUGAUCAUGAUCAUGAUAAUGUCGGAGAUAACCUAGUUCGUCCUGAUCCUGACGACGGGAUAGCAAGAGGUGAAGAUGAUCCCUACACCUACGCAGCGAAGAGAGGGAUGACGACGAGGAUCGAGACGCUGGACGUGGACGGCGAGGAGCGAGACGAGAUCUUCAAUCUCAUCGUCGGCUGGAGCAAGGCCAGAUGGCAAGUGCUGGGUGCGAAGAACUCUCCAGAAGACUUAGGAGGUGACAGACAUAGUGGCCAUGGGGAGUUCUCUGAGUCAGGACGGACAAUUUUCCUGAUUGGGAAAGAGGAUUUAGAGAUGGUUGUGACACCAGAUGGUGACGGCAGCAAAUCCCUUGGAGAUUCCAAAGAAGAAGGAGUCAACAGAGGAGGAUUCGAAGAAAGAAGAGAAGAAGAAGAGAAAGGAAGAGAAGAUAGAGAAAGUGGGGGAUCCUGCCGAAUGAGCUUAGGGCGUUUGGCAGGUGAUCUUGAGGAGUUCCUUCCUGAUUGA